AUGGGGGGUUUCUGAGCAGGAAAUGGGGGAGUAGUGUCUGUGGAAGGAAAUGGCUUUUAAACAAUGCCCACCCCACUCCCGUACCCCUUCAGGUUUAGCUUCACUGUUGUCAUGCUUCUUUGACCUGAUUGUGAUUGUAAUUGCCCAGUGAAAGAGGUGCCAUAAAGUUCUCCUGUGCCAUCUAAUUGCCCUUUUUCCUCCCGUUCUAUUGUGGCAGCCAUGAUUUUGUACUGUGCGGGGCUGGUGGAGCAGCAGCUGCUCUCCACACGUGAGUGCAAUUAUGACUCAGUAUUGCAUUGCUUACAUUCUUCAAAACUUUUUUUUUUUUUUUUUUACCGAACUCAGCAGAAUUGCACAGCACUGUUUUCCCCCCUCCAGUCACUUUUCUUCCUUUCCUCUGAGCACAGGAUGAACUCGCAGUAAAUUAAAUAAAACUUCAGAUUUAACUGAAGUAAAUUAUAGGACAAUUUAGAGUGUUAUUGCAUUAAUUGAAUUUUACUUGCAUUUAAAUAUACAGGCAGGAUGAAAUAAGUAAACCAUGUACACCUACACACGCUCUCAUUUAAUGCUCUGUUUAAAAUGCAGAUGCUUUGCUUAUGUUAGCUCAAGGUCAGCUAAGAGCAGUUUGAGAACAAAGGAUCUUUAUCUCUUGGGUUGAAUAUACGUGUAAUAUAUUUUCAUGUUUAAAAUGGAAAUAUAUUGUCUCCAUAGACUGAAGGGGCAGAGCCUCACAAGGUCUUACUUACAGGGGCAGUCUGGGGAGUGAGGGCCACAUGAGAAGGUCUCUGCUUGCGAUGUUGAUGGGAAGAGAAGACUUGCGUGUUGCCGUCCUCAGGGGGACACAGUAAAAAAGGUUUAAGUGCUCAGGUUUAUUUCAAACAUCACCUUGUCUUUUUGUGGGCUCUUACUUUUUUUUUGUUUAAUUUUUCAGCAACAUUGUGAAAAGCUGUGAUUUCUUGGGGAAUGGGGGGUAAGAGAGCAAGCUGUGACAUGCUGCAAGUCAGACACAUCUGUGAAGUAAGCCUGGGGGUGGGGUUAUAAAGUGGGAGGAAAAAGAGAACUUUUUUCCACAUCUGAGGCCGAACAAGAAACUGAAACUGUAUCGCGGCCAGGAAAAGUUGUAUGUGUAUGAGUGCGCGCGCGUGUGUCUGUGUGGGAAAUGAUUACAUCAGCCCCAGGCAGCUCAGCGAUUGGCCGGCCCAGCCGGGUUUGACUCGAUAGCUAGCAGCCUGAGCGCGCGGGCGCACCCCUGCGCGAGUGCAACCCAGCGCCUGGGAGCAGUCCCACGACACUUGCUCCUUGCCGCCGCCGCACGCCGCGAACUGACCUGCUGGAGCUCAACCUCCGCUUUGAGUCGACCGCCUCUUCCUCCUCCUCCUUCCUCCUCCUGCCGGUGCUGCAGGGAAACAGGCGCUCCCUCCCUCUCUCCCUCUCUCUCUCUCUCUCUCGCUUACCCUCCUGCUCGCGUGCUCCCUUUGGAGUAAGGCUCACUUUUCAGAAUGCCGUCGUGCUCCCCGGACUGCUGCCUGCUGCAAGCCGUGGAGAUCAUUAAAGUGUUCAGCGAAGAUGGCACGGGCAAGGUGGUGGAGAUACCGGCCGAUAUGACAGCCAGAGACCUCUGCCAGCUGCUCAUAUACAGAAGCCACUGUGUGGACGACAGCAGCUGGACCCUAGUGGAGCAUCACCCUCUCCUCAGCCUUGAGCGGUGUCUGGAAGACCACGAACUGGUGGCGCAGGUGCAGGCCUCCAUGACGAGCGAGAGCAAAUUUCUCUUUAGGAAGAACUACGCCAAAUAUGAAUUUUUUCGCAAUCCUUUGAACUUCUUCCCGGAGCAGAUGGUAGCAUGGUGUCAGGAGACGGAUGGCACCAUACCACACUCACAGCUUUUGCAGAAUUUCCUCAAUCCUAGCAGUUGCCCUGAAAUCCAGGGGUUCUUGUACCUGAAAGAAACUGCAAGGAAAUCAUGGAAGAAGCUGUACAUGUUUCUGAGGCGGUCGGGAUUGUACUACUCAACAAAAGGGACAUCAAAAGAGCCAAGGCAUUUACAGUUAUUAGCAGACCUGGAGGACAGCAAUAUAUUCACAGUCAUCGCAGGCAGGAGGCUCCAUGGGGCACCAACAGACUUUGAAUUCUGCAUAAAGCCCAACAAGGUGAGGAAUGAGUCCAAGGAGCUGCGGCUGCUGUGUGCAGAGGAUGAGCAGAGCCGCACCUGCUGGAUGACUGCGUUCCGGCUCCUCAAGUAUGGAAUCCUGUUGUAUCAGAACUACAAAAUACCCCAGCAGAGCAAAAUGCUCUCUCAAUUUUCAUCACCAGUGAGGAGCGUCUCGGAGAACUCGCUGGUGGCGAUGGACUUCUCUGGGAGGAUAGGGCGCGUGAUUGAGAACCCAGUGGAAGCGCAGAGUGCUGCCAUGGAGGAAGGCCACAGUUGGCGGAAACGAAGCCAGCGAAUGAACAUUCUCGGCAGCUUUAGUCCACUUCAUCCGUCAUCACUAAGCUCAAUAAUCCACAGGACCCAGCCCUGGUUCCAUGGACGCAUCAUGCGGGAAGAGUCGCACAAGAUGAUUGUCCAACAGGGCCAGGUGGAUGGGCUUUUCCUUUUGCGGGAGAGUCAAAGCAACCCAAAGGCAUUUGUCCUCACACUCUGCCAUCACCAGAAAAUCAAGCAUUUCCAAAUUUUACCUUGUGAAGAGGAUGGACAGAUGUUCUUCAGCCUUGACGAUGGAGCUACCAAAUUCACAGAUUUAAUACAUCUGGUGGAGUUCUACCAGCUCAACAGGGGAGUCCUGCCUUGCAAACUCAAACACCCCUGCACAGUCGUGGCCUUAUGACACUUUCCAUGACUUCUCGACUGGACAUUGCCUAUAAACCGAACCUACACAGAAACGCUGUGUGUUUCCCCACCUAUACCCGAUCCUGUUCUGAUAAGCUGCCAGGCACCCUGGUUCAAAGAGCUCCCCUGGAAUAACUCAGCAUACGGGGAUAUAGAACUCGAUUAAAAGACAAUGAAACAGAGGAAAUCCUCAAGAUCACACUUACACAAGCUGUCCAUUUCUUCUUAGCUGCCAGUAGGCCCUAAACUUUGGGUGUCCUUAGCAUGUCUGAGGUGCGUUUCAAAUCUAUAUUUAAAAAUAUUUUUUUCUUUAAAUCAUUUGGAAACCAUUUUAAGGCUGAGCCACUUUAAAGAAAUACAAGAAAGAGCUAUGAGAGUUAAAAGAAAUAUUGUCUGGAAAAUCCUUGAUAACUUCAAAUGUAAAGCUGAUUGUUUACCUUUUUUGGAGGGUCGUUUUCUUUGGGGGUUUUUUUUUGUUUUUUAAAUAUAUAAAUAUAAAUUUUGCACUCUAACUUCAAGAAGCCUGCCCAUAAACUAAACAUAUUGGGACCUUCUGCCUUCUUCCCUCAUCCCAACUCAACUGCUGAAGGUCUGUGUGAGAACGUGCUCUUUGUUAAUGGGAUUAUGGGACCGUGAGAAAAGUGUGACUAUUUUCUCUCCUGAGAAGGUCGCUGUUGUCACCCUCUGGUGUGUGGUGGUUUGCAGAAUUGUUCAGCAUAAGCAGAUGGAAGCUGCAAACUGCUCCCAUAUAGAUUCCUGAAAAAGAAAAAAAAAAAACACAACAGUCAGCAGGAUUUGGGUAUUUUCACAUCUAGACCAGCAAAGCACAGCAUUACUCAGUUAUGAAUGUCUGGUGCAUCUAUUCUUCAUUUAUAUUAUUUUAGGUUUUGCAUUUACAUCACAUGGAUCGCUUGUGCUGUCUUCAUCCAUACAUAUCCGUACCAUUUCCAGAAUCCUGCUUGACGUCAUAUUUGCACCUCACUGUGGCAAAGGGCAUAGCUUAGACAAGACCAGUGCAGGGGAUUCAUGUUUUCAAAAGCUGCACUCUUGUCAUUAGUCUAAUGAGAAGCCUUGUGUGGUAAAAGUGUGAAUCGUGAGGUUUGAAUAUAUUAGGUCACGUCAAUAGGAGUGGAAAGUAAGGCUUGUUUUGUUUUUGACACUUGAAUUAUUGUGUUCAGCACCUUUCACAAACAAUUUUGGAGAGUAUCGGCUGUUGGUUUAGUGUAGAUGAUCCUUGCCCUUCGAUGUCGGCUCAAGAUUAGUUUAUAAGAAGCAUUCUUCCAGUCCUAUCAGUCACCCGAGUUUUGGAUGCAGUAAAUGACCACUAUGCUCCUUGACUGUGAGUUGCAGUGACCUCAGUUGCUAAAUUGGACAAGUAUUAUAAGAAUUUGCUGAACACCACUCUUCACUGGUCUGUAUAUAUAUGGGGAAACUGGAAAUCCAUUUUUAUCUAGGAUUUAGUCUGAAUGCUUGUUAAGCUUGAUGAAUUUUGCUUCCUAAUGUGGUCUAGAAGAGGGUGUGUGCGAGGAAAUCGCUGUAAGGAAGGCUGUGCAGUGUGUGAAGGGAACGGUUCUGCUAAAUGAAAGUGUAAGGCCUCACUUUCCUGCGAGUGUUAAGGAAGAGCCAUAAAGUGUUUGCAAUAUGUUUAAGUUUGGCCACAGAAAAGUGGCAAAAGAAUUUGCACCUCGUGCUGGCCAUUGUUUCAAUGGGUUGCAAAUGAUUCUGCCAUCAUAGGAGAUUUUUCAAAUAAUAUUUAUUUCUCUGGUUUGAAAUGAUUACUUGAAGGUCUUUUUUGUCUGCUUUUAACAGCAGUAUGACAAGACUCUUAUCCUGACUCAAAAUGUUUGAAUCUUUUUAGCUUCACAACAGCCGUGGGAAUCACAUUUUUAUACCGAUGCAACCCCGAGACGUGGCUUUUCAUUCCUUUGGCUGCUUCUCUGCCAUUCAUCGCAUACAGUGGAGGAGCAUGCAUGGUUACGCCACUUCACAGAAGUGUAGCAUUACCAAAGGUGAUCCUUCGUCCGCACUCACGCCACACUCUCUGUAUUGUGGCAGAAACGAGACCCUCAUUCUCAGCAUGAUUAUUGUGCACUCCUCCAGGAUUUUCCAUGUGCGCUCUUAAUCAGGUUUGUGUAACUCUCAUUCAUCCAGAAUUUAAUGUGCUCUCUGCGCGGGAAGCUCUAAGAUCAGUCACAGAAUACGAUGGCCACAAAAAUACGGAGGAUCGUGUCUUAGUGUUCUUGUCCCGACGCUUCUUUAAGCCCUUCCUUGAAUUUUCUUUGGAGAAAGUCUGCGUUGAAAUGGCCUUUUCCUUUGUGUAUUUAAUGUACUGUAAUACCAAGCUGUGUUCUUAAAAAGAGAUAUUGGACCAGACAGUUAUACUGCACUUUCUGGCUACUUUAACCGCAGGGAUUGUGAAGCACAGCAAAUAAGUGCUGUGGAAAAUACCAAUUUCCACUUUCUAUGGUAAUCAGGUAGCAGAUGGAAAAUGAGACUUGCGCCUGUUCUGGUUCUUAUUCCAUUUUGCCAAAGUAAGUUUAGAAAAAAAAAAGUAUUAACGUGCACACUUUGCUUUAUUUAGAUCAGAAGCACUUUACCAACUUGCAAAGUCUACUUCUAUUGCUAUUCAUUUAAAAAAAUCUGACGUGAGAACUACCAAUGAAAAGAAUGUUGAGCUGGGUAGACAAAUAUAUUGUCAAGAUUGAGAUCCAAUCCUCUUUGGCAUGUGUGUCAGAGGGAUGCGUUUAAUUUCUGCAGCCCUUCAAUAUGGGAUGACAGAGGAGGUAAAAACAAUCCUCAACCAUGAAACUUGAAAGUCCAUCAUUUAUUGCAGUCGGAAACCAUUGCUGUUUUUGCCGUGUUCUUCCAUAAUUUCAGCUUGAGAACUCAGCAAGGCCACCCGGGCCCAAGGAGUUUCCGAAGGUUUGUGGCCUGGGGCCAUUUUCAGUGCCUAAAAUAUUAAUAUUCAUCAGCAACUAUUACUUUUCCCUUCAAAUGUUGUCAACCAGGUCAAGUAUCCAAUUUCUAAACAUAUAGUUCAUGUCUUUGUUUUUGAAAGAAGCAGUAGAAAUUGGGUCUUUUUUUUUUUGUUUGUUUUUUUUUAAGCUUUGAUAUAUUUACACCAACAUAUAACAUUUCCCUCUUAAAGCACAGAACAAUACAUGGUAUUUAACAAUUCCACAGCACCCAUAGACUCUUUACGUAUACAGUAUUAAUAGAUCUCGUCACCUCUAAACACACUGCAGUUGUUGAUUUUCUCCAGAAGGAAGCUAAGUGGAAUUUGGUGAGCGAGUGGAUAGUUUGUGAAUUGUUCUGACUGCUUGGUUUGUUGGCAGAGGUCUGCGUGUCGCUGCGUGCGCAGCUCUGCAGCAUCCUACUCGCAUCCUCUACGCCACUGCCCGGACCCCUGUCCACCCCCUAUGAAAGAAGCAGCCCUCUCAUCACUACUUUGCUUGCUUCUGGUCUGCUCUGUUGUUUAAUGCAACGUUUGGAAAGCUUGUACCCUUAAUAUAUUGUGUAAGUUGUGUAAAUGUAAGAAGCUAUGGAAAAGAAUUGAGAUCAAGGGUCUCAGAUUCAUUCUAUGAAGGCUGGUAUGCAGAGGUUUUUGCUCCAACUCACUGCCUUUGUUUGCCGAUUAGCAAUACUCAGGUUUUAUAACAAACUGAGGAUUGCAAUUAUUUCCAACCUAUACUGGUUUCUGUACCAAAUAAAUGCUGUAUUUAGUUUUUUUCAUAUACAUACGUGUGUGUGUGUGUGUGUGUGUGUGUAUAUA